GUGAUUGGUUCGACUGUGAAUCCUGAAGGGGAUUGGCCCACUGAAACCGAGGUCCGAGCUCUGCAGCCUCAGCAAGAUGAUGUGAUGAAUGUGGUGUUGAAGGGUAUGGCUCAGUUGCAGGAUGUAGUGACGGAGCUUUCAGCAUCUCCGAAGCAGGGUGAAAGGCCAGAGGCUAUCAAACCCGGGGUCACCAAUCUCCCUGAAUUACCCCUUCCAGGCCCUGAGAGUUGCUUAUUGUUUUCGGAUUGGAUUCAUAACUCGCGGCCUCCUCUGUCGGAUGUCUCGGAUACCAGUGAGGAGUUGUGGGAGGGAAUUCUUUCGGAAGCGGGAGUGUGGUACAGCAACUAUCUGAAGUUGGACCCGCUGAGCAGGUUGGUGGUGUCUCAGAGCGGGAACUUGGACUUCGACAUAUUCAAGAUCCACCAAGUUGCACAGGGUCAUCCCGAUAUUUCUUUCAGGGUGAACCUGGUGCGCCACAACUUGCAGGACCAAGAGCGCCCUCAGUCCGUGCCAAGCCCUCCUCCACAGGCCAAGGUGAAGGGAGUUGAGGCUCAGGUAGCGACGGCACAGGUUUCCCCUCCUCCUCCGCCAGCGCAGCAGGACUCGCAGCAGCAGAUAAAGUCAAUGCUUGCAGAUGCAGCGAUGAUCCUUCAGCAAGCAAUGCCUCCUAGGACCCAGGGGUCAGGUGAUCAGGUAGGGCAGGCAGCUAACAACCAGGUUGCCAGCACCGCUAAUGUUGCGCCCGGAGAGGUUACUCCAGGAACGCCAGUUACUCUAGCAUCACUGAGUGCCCAGUUGGAUUCGUUGAGAUCUAUGACAAGGGACUACGAGGCAAGGAUGAUGAGGUUUGAUGAGGUGCAUUGCAGUGUGUCCGCGGUGGCACUUUUGGAUAGCGGUGCCACUCACCCGGUUGUGCCUUUCGCAAAGGGUAUGUCGGGAUUGCAGCGUGUUCCGGUGACCCUCGCCGGUGAUUCCAAAGAAGAAUGGUACCGCACUAGGGGUGGCACGCUUGUCGUUCCUCCUGCGGGCCCUACUUCUUCCAUUAAGCCGCAGACGAUCAUACCGCUAGGAGCUCUUGUUGAGAACUUGGGUUGCUCAGUGAGUUGGAGCAAGAGAGGCGGUUUGAAGGAGGACCAGGCUCUGUCUCUCAUCUCCCAACUAGAGGAUAAGCGUCUUAACGAGUUCAAGGAUCAGGUCGAGGAACUCGAGGUUCAGAUGGAGUCAAUGAGAUUGAGGCUAGCAGAGAGCUUGGUUGGGUUGGAUGAUGAGUCGGGGAAGAAUAUGCUGAAGCAGCUGCCGGUGAAUCGGGCUCACCGUAGUGAAAACCCGUUAAAGGCUUGGUGUGAGGCUCGUGAUAUGCAGUUGCUUGAAGUUGAUCUCCUAGCCAAGGGAGGUGCACUGGAAGGUCGCUAUGUUGGACCCAGUUGUGAAGAACUUGAAAAGGUGAUAGCGAGUGUACAGCCCGAGCCUGAGGCUACCCCUGCAGCGUCCCCGAAACGUCAGUUCACCCAGAGGGAGGUCGAGGGCGCAGGCAUAGGUAUCCAGCACCGGCGCGUCGCCUAUCCCCAGUCGUUUGCACUUUCGAUUGACCUCUUCGGACCAGUACCGAAGCAUGAGCAUGGAGCACACUUCAGCACUCAAGGGCAGCUUCCAGAGAAGCAGGAGGAGUUUGAAUCUGGAAUUGGGCCGGAGUUUGUUGAGGACUUUGGAGAGUACGAACCUUCAGACCCGGGUGAGCCUUUGAAUGAUGAGCUUCGAGGCCUUCCGGCUUUGGAUAAAGAGGAGCCUUUCGUUGAUGUCCUGGAGGGUUUGCAAAAGAUGGUCUUAGACAUCAAUAAAAGGCUGCAUCAUUGCCGAUACACUGGUGGCCAUUGGCGGCUAGAUGGGCGGCACAGGCUCGCAAUAGAUCCAUUGAAGGAUGCUGAUCGUCAAAUUCUCGGAAGAUGGGUAAAGUACCGGUAUGCGGCACCGCGCUCCUCCAUUCCAGAGGGUCACGUGUUGAUAACUGCGGUUGAUGAUGUUAUAGAAGAGGAGAUUCCUGAAGAAUCAGGAGGAGUACCCCAGAGGAGGCUGAGGGAGAAGACUGCGGUCAGGUUUAUUGAAGUCGCCAUUGAAGCCUCUGCCGAGUCAUAUGCCAAGGAGUGUAUUGUAGGCUGUGAAUACACGCAUGCCGCAUUCCACCGUCUAAUGGAUUUGUUGCUGACUGAGGAAGGUGUCACGAAGCUCACUUACCGGAGACCGCACACUGCUCAGAAGCAGUCGGAGUGGGUGUUGGUUGGUUAUACCCCUCUAGGUUUCCGUAUACCAGAGGUUCUCCAUGGGUCACCUAGGGUUGCUAUGCUUGAGUUCGAUGAUGAGCAUGAAAAUUCAGAGGACACCCAGUGUGUGAACGGGGACGGAGGAGUGCAUUGUGAGCUUGGGCGCCUGAGCUUUCUCGGUGUUGAUGAUCCUGAAGAUCUUCAGUACCUUUACGAGGAGGACCUCAUCGAGAUGGGAAUGCCGAGGCCAGAUAACCCGAAUGUAAGUGGCCUCCAGACAGGUGAGGAGGAGUGCGUUGACCACGGGUUCUGGGAGGAUGAGUGGGUUUAUUCAGUUGAAGAGUUAGGCGCAGAAGGUCAGGUCACAGGUGCAUUGCCGAGCACAGGUGCAGAAGGUCAGGUCACAGGUGCAUUGCCGAGCACUGGUGCAGAAGGCAGUAGUGUGAAAAGGGUCGAUGAAAGUUUCUACACUCCGGAGGUUGAGCGCAUCCUGAAGGUCGAGGCACUUGAGCAGAUGUGUGCUAUCACUCGCCUUGUUGGGCGAGCAGCGGAGGAGGAGGCAAAGGUUCCAGGUCAGGAGAUCUUGACGUCUACGCCAGCGGGAUACCUGCAGACGUUUUGCGUGCACGUGGAGACUAUAGGGACUGACGAGUCCGGCUUUGCGUUGUGUCAGAGAGCCUACAUUGAGGAAUUGGCAAGAAGCUAUGAGUUGACUGCAAAAGGUUACCCGCAGAGCUCAACGCAUUACCGGGGAGGUGCCUCCCUGGUCUUCAAGAUUGGAAUAAGACUUAUUGAGUUCUUGAUUUCGACCGUUGAUCAGAUGUUAUCUUUGACUCCCGCAAGUGAUGUUUUGCCUGGUAUCAACGCGUAUUCAGACGCAUCGUUUGCUCCCUUCGGGGGGAAGUCGGUUUCUGGCAUAUUGCUUCAGUUCAGAGGAAAAAAUGUGCUCUGGAAGGGGCAAAGGCAAACGAUAGUGUGUUUAUCCACGGCAGAAGCAGAGCUGGUAGCGGCGACAGAGGCCACUGUGCUGAGCCAAAGCCUUGCAGCCUUGAUUGGAGAGUUUGAUAUCUGCUUGGGAGUUGGAAAGUAUUGUCUCCGACUGUGCUUUGGAGAACAGCACCGUGUGAGGACUGAAGCAUUACCACCACCUCCACCUCCAUUGGACUACCAGCCUGAGAACCGAGUAACAACCGUCCGUGAAGUUACUCCUGCGCCACCAACCUCGGUGGUUGAUGACCACAUUAUCCGACCUGGAAUUG